AUGUCAUCUCAAUGGUUGAUACUAUUAAUAUUUGUUGUAUUUGUACAACUAGCUGUUACUAAUGUAAUAUAUUCUGAUUUUGAUGAUGAAGAUCAUAAACAAAAUCCUGUCGAACCUGAAGAUUUACCUUCACAUACCAAUGUAGAAGAAGGUGACAUCGAUAGUAAUUAUUACUAUCGUUUGACAGAUAGCUAUUCGGGUCAAAAGUUAGCGUUAGAUGUUAUCAAUGAUGGUCAGAACUAUGGUCUAAAUAUGGUUCCAGUUGCUGAUUAUACUGGCCAAUAUUGGCGUUUUGUUCAUUUACAUGACAAUGUUUACAGUCUUCGAACUCGUUUUCUCGGUGAUGGAUACUCACUUGAUAUUAUCAAUGAUGGAGUUAAUAAUAAUAAGCCACAUAUGGCUAAAACAGGCCAUCAUACAGGUCAAUCUUGGCAUUUAACACGUUUGAUCGAUGGAACAUACAACUUCAGUAAUGAAUUUACAGGUCUCAAUAUGGCCCUCGAUAUUUCUAAAAAUAGUCAUAUUGUGCACAUGAGUGCCAAAAAAACUGAUUACUCUGGUCAGCAGUGGCAACUUACAAAGAUUGGUAGAAUUAACAGCUACUGA